CAUGACUCUACUCUCUCAUGGCUAACGUUACAUACAGCUGAUGUGAAGCGCAUAUGAAGUCUUUAGGCUGAGAUAAAGGACAAACUUUAAUCAUGUGGAACUUCUAGGAUUUACCUCAGAGUCAACGGACCGUUGAAGGAAAGUGGACUGUCAUGCAUCCAUUUGGUCGUGAGGAGGAGACCUCCAGACAGGAGCUCUUCGGUUUCUUCACGCGGUGUUUGCAGCGCGGGGAGUGGGAGCUCGCGGCAGCCUGCGUAUGUCAACUGGGCGAUGCGCGCGGAGAUAAUCCGCAUGACCCGCGCGACAUCGUUAAAGCCCUCGUUACACACCCGUACCCCCUAAAGUGGGAAUCAGUGGGCAGCCCUCACAAACUGGCCUGGUACUGGCUUCAAAUCCUGAAGAAACUGACUAAAAUAAAGGUGAGCAGGUCUGUGAAGAAAGAACUUGAGUUCUUGUUGCUCUUAGAGGAGCUGGGAGAUGUUCCACAGACUGUACUUGAGGAGCUCCACAAGGCCUUCUUACAAUCUGAACAAGUAAAACGCAAGAUUUCGUCCGAUCGCGCCUCUCCAUUGAGUGCUGCCGUUCUGUCCUGCCUCCGUUCCCUGUUAAUCCGAAAUCAGCCACGCCUUGUCUGUUCUCUCAUCAGUUUCCUUCAGCACGCAGAUCGCUCCAGAGACCACACCUUACAGGACAUCUUCAUCCAGCACCUCACCGAGCAGGUGAACAUACCUGCUGAGAAAAGGAAUGGGAGAUGGGUGCAGGACUUGUGUUCAGCGUUGGCUUUGGCAUCGUGGGGGUCGGAGAGGUCGGGGGCUCAGCUGGAGACCCUGUGGGAGGGCUUGUGGUCAGCGAGAGAUGGGCCCAUGACAGAGGAGAGGAUUCUGGGAUGUCUGCUGAGGCCGCAGGAUCAUGCUCUGUUGAAAGCAUACAGCGCCACGUCGCUCAGACUGCUCAAAGAGAAAAUGUUGAGAGAGUCUUCACAAACACAGGCUGACUUGCAUGAUCAGGAGAGAGUCAUGCUUGGCUUGUGCUGUCAUGACAACACACGUCUGGUCUGGAAAGCCAUUUACUUUGAGUGUUUGAGCAGUGGAAAGCACUUUCUGGAGCAGGUUUUGCUUACUGCUCUAGAUCUCAUAAAGAGGGAGGAGUUCACCAAACUGGACGCAUUAUUGCAGGCGGAGUUUCAGCCUUUGUCCCGCCUCUUGUUGUUGUUAGGCUGGAUGCAUUGUCAGAGCCUUCAUUCUGCCAAAACCCUUCUUAGAGUCCUAUAUCAUCAACAGCCCCAGAGCAAUGAUUCAGUAUUGAGUGAGUUAGCUUGCACGCUGUCCUCUCAGCUUGAUGUUUUAGAGUGGUGCGACCAGAACAAUCCCGGAAUAUCCCAUGAUGCUCUGUUGAGUCAGUUACACAUGCUGGACCAUCACUCUGCCCUUUAUGUGCUGCACUGUCUGACACCCCUCGCUAAGUAUGAUGAGCACAAGGUGCUGGAACUUCUACAGAAGACAGAAGAUCCUUCAUCACCCAGUAGCUCUGUCCAGCGCAAUGUCACUCUGUUUAAAGGCUUCUGUGCGAUGAAGUAUGCUCUGUAUGCCAUCUGCGUUAAUGCGCACAUACAUACCAACUUCCAGGAUUGUGAGCUUUUGCAGCAGAUGGAGGCGAGUCAGGGGGAGGAGCCAUCUGAAGGAUGCUCUGAUCUGUUCCAGCACUUCCUAUCUGAAUGCCAGUUGUAUCUUGAAGCUGUUCCAGCAUUGUUCCGCCUGGAACUCCUGGAGAACAUCUUCUCCCUCCUCUUUCUUUCAGACACUGACUUCAACUUUCAAACCGAUUUGAGCAGCACCAACACAGAAACCCAAGCUGACGCAAUCAACAACACUGCAGAGAAAAAUAAAUCAAACAGUACCAAAAUCUUAAACAAUGACCAGGGUGUCUUAAAAGCAGAAAAAGAGGAUGAACAGCUGGAGGGUGUGAAAAAGGACAGCAAGCCUAAAUCUGACCAAAGCGGAGAGUCUGAUCAGGUGAACCCUGAGUGGCGCCGCCUGUUGUCAGGGUGUCAGGGAUUUCUGGUGGAUUUGUGUGUGAUGGAGGGGAUUUUACGUCUGGUGAGGGAGGGCUUGGAGGGCGUGUGUGGGGUCGGCCAGGAGGACGGCAGGGCGCUUGCUGCCGAUGUGGAGUUGGCAGAAAGUCUGGGAUGUUCUGUUACGGCAGAGACCUUCAGCACCAGGUUACAGAGACUGUCCAAACACACAGCAGAGGCCCAGUGGAGACUGCAGAUUGUUACUAGUAACCAUGGCAGUGGAAAUGAUGGUCUCUACCUCCCGUCCCCACUUCCCAGUCCGGCACUUCCUCUGAAACGCCAGGACAGCAGCAGUUCAGGUGUUCGAAGGAGGAGAAAAAACUAUCGGCAUCGUGCUGAACGUCAAGUCUCUUCAGAACUACAGAAUGGAGAGGUCAGCACCAGUGCCUCAGAUGGUGGGGUGUGUGUUGGAACAGUGUGUCGUGGUAACGAAGUGUGUCCGUGUGGUGGACCUCACAGCUGGCUGGUUCCCGCGAUGCUCUCGCCUCCUGAGUCUCUGCUCAUCGCCUGUAUACGCAGAGGCAACUACAUUGAGGCCCAGCAGGUGAUUGCGAUGUAUGGUUUGGAGAACUCUGAGUGUGCAGGUGAACUGGUGUUUAUGGACCGCUACCGCGAGGUCUUGGCAGAGCUGGCUCAGGUGGAGCAGAAGAUAGAGAGUCAAUCUCUUUCUUCAUCAUCAUCAUCAGAAGGAUUGGGCGCGGUGGGUGUCGCCCCCGCAGGCAGGACCAGAAUGGGCAGCAGCAGCAGAUUUACGCUCAAGAGCAUUGGGAGUGCAGCCGCCGCAGGGAUGGCCUUCUAUUCCAUUUCUGAUGUGGCUGACCGUCUACUGAGUACCCCGGCCAGGCCGGUACCCUGUCUAGAGGAGGAAUUCUGGCUCUCCCAGUGCUCCAUGGAUUCCUCUGACCUCCUGCGGCCGCUCUUGGAAGAGUUGUGUCCUGCCGCUAUGGGAGCCUUUGACCUCUCCUGUUGUCAGUGCCAGCUUUGGAAGACUUCACGACAACUACUCGAGACUGCUGAGAGAAGACUCUGCAGCUUUCUGGAAGCCAGAGGCAUACGAGUUGAUCCAAAGGUUCCUCACAUCAACGGCAUUAGAGGCUUUUCAUCAGUCCUGCAACAAAUCAGCAAGAUCCUCAACAGAACCUCCGCCAGUAAAGCCACGAGUAAAACAGAUUAUAAUGGAGAGGAGAUUGUUGUCUUCAGCCCCUUUGGCUGUAGUGCCCAGGAAGUGCUGCUGUGUUGUCAUUCGACUAUCACAGAAGAGAGUAUCGCCUCUCGCUUGAACCUGUAUCAGCGUCUGGAGGUCACGCUUCAAACGCUGACCUCUGCCACCAACACAACAGUAGAUGCACUGAUGGGUAGUUCUCUCCUGACGGCGCUGGUCGAACAGGCUGGUCUCAGACAGUCUGAACUGGAUUCCCACCCGGUGCGAACUGCUAUGAAACAGCUCCUACAGUAUUUAGACCAGCUUUGCCCGUUUGAGCCCGACAGCACUCCCCGCAGACCAGAUUACAUACGCACCUUUCUUGAUUAUGUCAAUGUGCUGGCUUCGGUACUAGUGUGCAGUCUGGGGUCAGACGAUCAGUGCACAGGGGUGAAACUGGGCAAUCCUCUUUUACUGUUGCUUCAGUCGCCCACCCAGCUCCUCUCACUCCUGCUGUUCGAUAGACAGGUGUCACCUGACAGGGUUCUGUCUCUUCUGCAGCAGGAGAAAAUGCGUUUAAGCGUGCAGCAGGUUGUCGUUCAGCGCUGCUGUGAAGCUCUUCCUUUUUGGGAUUCACGGACCCCAACUUUGUUUCAGGGUCCAUCGCAAAUCACAGGGCUAAAUGGAGGGGCGUUCUCCCCAUCCAGCAUCGCUUCACUUCUCCAGCAGUGUGCACAGGAGUGCGCUCCAUCCCUUGACCUCUCUGACCCCGCCACGACCUCGGACCCUAGCUCUGAGUCCGAGGUCUCAGUGGAGGACAUGUCUGCGACAUCCCCCAACCUCUCCACCUCCCCACCAUCACCGUCUUCAUGCCCUCCUUCUUCUUUUCUUCUCACUUUAUCCGCGCUUACUUUCCUGAAGUCACGGUCACCCCUCGUCGCCACCCUGGCAUGCCUCAGUGCCAGUCGUGGUGGCGUGACCCGGGCGACCUCCUCUGGGUGGUCGGGGUUACCUUCAUAUUUCAGAGGGUCAGGGCGUAAAGAAGCGGUUCUGGAGGGAGACCAGAUCUCAAAGGAAGGGGAAGCCUUGCUUAAAAACUUUCCUGUUCUCAGAAUGUACCUGCGGGUCAUGGCUGAGCCAGUUCUAGGGGUGUCUUUUGAAACAGAGGAGGGGCUUGGGGCGGCUCUGUGUGGGAAGACUUUGGUGGGGAUGCUGUUUUCUGGACUGCAGGGCAGUGUGGGGCAAGCUAUUGCAGCAGAGGCAUUCCAGCAAGCCCUUAACAGCAGUGAUUUGAACAGAGCAUUAGAACUACUGGAGUUGUACGGUCAGACCUGCAGCCAGGAGGGGGCGCUACGGGACAAACUGUUGGCAUGUACUGCACUGCAAGGCAGCAAUGGUGUCAUGCAGUUGUUUCGUGUAAGGGACUCGGAGCUGCGUGGCCGUGUGGUUCUGCAGGGAUUGGAUCGCUGGAAUUUAGAUCUGUGUUUAGAAUUGCUCCAGUUCUGUCUCAGUGACCAGAGCACUCAGGAUCCACUCAGAGAGCAGCUUCAGCAGAGGAAACAGGAACUGGACAUGUACCAACGGAUGCUGAGUUUGCAGCCACCGUUGCCGUGGGAGACGUGGCAGGAGAUGAGGGGGGAGUCUGUGAAGAAUCCUGAAUCUGUGUUCACUGUGUUGUUAGAUGCCAGGGAAUUUGAGUUGUGUGCUCAGUGGGUGCAGCUGUACACGGCCUUGGAUCAGUCUCGCCUGCAGCUCCAGACUGAACAUCUACUACACCUGCUAGAACAGGGCCACACGGCAGAUGCUUUCCAGCUCCUGGAGGCUCUGUCUGGUUCAGUGGCUCUGGAGGUCAGCGAGAAGGCUCUGGAUCGAAGGCCUGGAUUGGCUGCCUGCCAUUUCCUGUCUGAUUACCUCACCCUACACUUCCAGAGUCAGAUGACCCCGGCGCGGAGACGCCACAUUAACGCCCUGCACCUCGGCUCCAGAGUGUUGCUGACUCUACCGGAAGCGUCCCGUCAGGAUUAUUUUUCCCUGCUGUCUGAUCCGCUUCUCAUGCUGGAGCAGUUGCUGAUGAAUCUGAAGGUGGACUGGGCCUCUGUUGCUGUUAGCACUCUGCGAAACCUUCUGCCUGCUCAGGACGCUGGCAUCACCAACCAACACAUAGACACAGUACUGGCAGAUUAUGCACGGAAGGCUCUUGAUUUUCCUUAUGCACCUAGAGAGUGGUCACGGUCUGACUCAGUCAUUAGUCUCCAGGAUGCAUUUCUGCAGUGUCCAGCACAAGAGAGUUGUUCCCCCUCCCCAAGCCACACCCCUCCUCCAUCAUCAGGAAGCACUCCCAUGCACACGCCCUCCAGUGAGAGACGGCCCAGUGCGAAGAAGAUCCGCCAGCUGACGACCCCCUUCACCCCUCCAGAGAAAACUCCUGACCGCAAGGACUGGAUCCCGGACCACAAACAGCACAUCUGUAUGGUCUGCCAGAGAGAGAGGUUCACCAUGUUUAACAGACGGCACCACUGCAGGCGAUGUGGAAGGCUGGUGUGUCAUUCCUGUUCAAGCAAGAAGAUGGUAAUAGAAGGUUCGGAGGAGCCCGUCAGAGUUUGUGACCAGUGCUAUAACUUCUUCCACUCGGACUCAGACGAGGAGCUUGAGCAUGGCGAAGUAUCUGGUAGCCCAGCAUCAGUUGAUGGAGUCCUGAGUGGUGUUUUAAGUCUACCCGAGGUUCCUCGGAAGCAGUACCGUCUGAGUCCAAACCCAUCUGAAAACCAGCAGCUGAAAUGCGAGUUCUAUUAUGAACAGGCGCCCAGUGCAUCCCUCUGUGUCGCUAUAUUGACACUACACAGCGAUCACGCGGCCUGUGGGCAGCAGCUGAUUGGCCACUGCCACUCACUCUCCCACAAACUAACCAAUCCCGAGGUGGAUGCCCGUCUACUGACAGAUGUGAUGCGUCAACUUCUGUUUAGUGCCAAACUCAUGUUUGUUAACGCUGGAUGCACCCAAGAACCAGCACUUUGCGACAGCUAUGUCAGUAAGGUUGAUGUGUUAAAGAUCUUAGUCAGUGCAAACUACAAGUACAUUCCAUCUCUGGACGAUAUUCAGGAAACUGCUGCAGUAACGCGUCUGCGCAACCAGCUGCUUGAAGCUGAAUACUAUCAGUUGGCCGUAGAGGUGUCUACUAAGAGUGGACUGGACCCAAGUGGAGUCUGGCAGGCAUGGGGAAUGGCGUCUCUGAAGGCUGGAAAUCUGAAAAGCGCCAGGGAGAAGUUUGCUCGGUGUCUUAAGGCACCAGUAGAUUGGAACCAGCUAAACCAUGGAGCGAGGCUUCUACAGGAGAUCGUUCAGCACCUGGAGUCUGCAGUCAAACCCACUCUGAGCACGACUGUGGAGGAGGACAUUCUGGCCUCUCUGCGGGAGCUGGAAGGUGCUCUCUCUGAUUCUGCUCCUCUGGAUGGUGCAGAGAGCAGGGUUCAGCGCUCCGGCUACUAUCAGGAAUGUCUAUCUUAUCUGCACACCUAUGGGACACACCUGAGCCUCAUCAGCUUUUACCUGCGCCACGAUUGCCUGAGGGAUGCGCUCACCCACAUACAAAACAAGGAGUGUUCAGAGGAGGUGUUUCUGGAGGGCGUGUUUCAGCCCUGUCUUGAACGUGGGCGUUUAGGGGCUUUGCAGGGUCUGUUAGAGACUUUAGACCCAACGUUGGAGACCUGGGGUCGUUACCUUCUCUCUGCCUGUCAGUUACUCCAGCGCAGAGGACACUACCACUCUCUGUACCAGCUCCAGCAGUUCAUGAUGGAUCACGUUCGUGCCGCUAUGACAUGCAUACGAUUCUUUUCCAAUGGCGCUCAGUCGUACCUGCAGCUAGGCGAACAGCAGCGCUGGCUGAUCCGAGCAAAGGAGCACCUGAGAACUUAUCUGCAAGAACAGCAGAGCAGAAGGAAAUCACACAGCUCUUCGUUCAGAAAGAAAAUGAGCUCUACUGAUGUCUCCAGACAUAUACACACAGUCGAGCUGCAGUUGGAGGUGACACGCUUCCUGCAUCGAUGUGAAAGCUCCUCUCCUUCAAAAACAGGGGUAGACCCCACCCCCUCAGGGAACAGUGCUCCGCCCACACUUUUUGGAAACAGCCCCAUGAAGGUGGAUGUGGCCUGCAAGGUGAUGCUGGGAGGGAAGAAUAUUGAAGAAGGUUUUGGCAUUGCAUAUAGGGUAAUACAGGACUUCCAGCUGGAGGCACUGGCGGUGUACAUACGGGUUGGACAGCGCUUGAUCCGUCAGCGUCAGUACUCGUCUGUGCGGCAGCUGCUGAAGUGUGUAGGGGAGUCCGGCACAGCCUCUAAACAUGACUGUGAUGCCAUUGUGCUCAGUUGUGUCUCUGUGGCUGAUAAGAAUCCUGCUGAUGCUAAAGAUCUAGAGGCCCUGAUUCUGGAGUCUAAGAGUGCAGAAAACAAGAUAAAGGCAUAUCUUCAGUGCAAUAAACUGCGGGCAGCAUAUCUUCUGGCUGUGAAGCUUGAGCUAGUGAAGGCGGCUCCACUAGUACAGGAUGUGAUGCGAGCGGCUGAGAGCUCAGGCGACUCUGUCAUGCAGGACAUCUGUCGCCAGUGGCUCUCAGAGCAUCAAGAACGAUCAUCACGGCAACGACAUGGCAAUAACUGAUAACCACUACCAACAUAUCAUUACAGACUAUGAUUGGUCACUGAAGCAUCCAGGUGUGCUCUGGUAGGAAAUGAAUCACUAAUGUAACACUAGUGUAAUAUUGUCAGGUUGGGACCAAUUCAUCCCCCCCAAAAACGACACUUUCCUCUUGAAGCUGUUGAUGGCAUUUUUUAAAGGGAUAGUUCACCCAAAAAUGAAAAUUCAGUCAUCAUUUUCUCACCCUCAGAUUGUUCCAAACCUGUAUAAGUUUCCUUGUUCUGCUGAACACAAAUGAAGAUAUUUGGAAGAACGUCAAUAACCAAACAGAUCUCAUCCCCAUGGUUACUGACAUUCUUCUAAAUAUCUUCCUUUUUGUGAUUAACAGAAUAACGAAAUUUUGACCGAAUUGGAAUAACCUGAGGGGAGUAAAAGAUGACAGAAUUUUCAUUUUUGGGUGAACUAGCCCUUUAAAGAUAGCACUAAUGAUUCUCUGAUAAACACAGAGUUCAUAUGUCUCAUCUUCAGUAUUAUAAAUGGGAUUGUUUACUUAUCUCAGUAAAAGGGAUUUUUCUCGUUUGUUGUAAGGACUAACCAGUGUUUAAAUCUCAUCCUGAUGGAACACGGUCCUGUGAUGGCAAAGGUGGUCUGUGUCUGCCGUGAAAUUAAGUUAAAAUUCUGUGAAUCACUGUGACCCUGUGUUUUUGUUUGGUCCUCAAUGAGAGAUUGUAUCUGAGAUAUGAGAAUAAUACUGUUAAAAGGGAACAUGUGAUUUAUAAGCAUUAUGAUAGGCUAGGCCUUGGAUUUCCCUAGACUCUGAACAAACAUAAACAAUAUCUCAACUAUUGCUCAACUAUAAAUGAACAGUUACAACUUAAGUAAGGGAUUCUACGUAUGACAUGGCAUUUUGGAAAAUACUGUAUCAAUGUCUGUUUACCUUAUCUAUUCUUUGCUUUAGUAAUUCAUACUCUAAAAUUGUGCACAGUUUCUGAAUGCAAGUUGUGUUUUUAUGCGAGUUUCUAUGUGUACUAAUGGGAUUUUCUGUGAUCCUCUUGUGAUUCAUUUUAUCAUAUUGUGGAAUCCAUAAAUGUGUGUGCAUGUGUAUAUGGUGUUGUGUUCAGAAAAUCAAAGGAUGAAAAGGGAGGAUUCCUUCUAUUUUAGAUAUUUGUCAAGGAAUUUCAUCUGUUGUUCUCAAGAGAACGGGAAAACACGAUUGAACAAUUUCUGUGUUUACCCAGGCCUAUGCACAUGUGAAAAUGAUGAAACUGUUACAGCUUUGCAGGACUUUCUGAAAUGAAGAAACAGCUUCACUGAUUACAGAAUGCGUUUCUUUCAGACUGUUGCCAAAGAGCCUAUGAAUAUAUGUACAUAUCUCUUAAACCCAUUAGAGAUAUUUCUUAAAUCAGUUAAAGUAACUAAAUAUAUUUAUAUAAAGAAAAUAGGGUUUAAAAAUAACUUAUUUAGUCUAAUUAAAAUAAUUAUCAUUGUCUGUUACUAUAAUUUGACUAAGCUAAUGUUUUUAUAUACCUGUUUGAAAAAUAAAUG